UUCGAUUUUAACACAAUCGGUCAUCGCACAGUCGCUCCCUCGAUCCUGCUUCCAUUGAAACGGUAAAAUGUCUUCUCGCAUAUAUAUAUGUCCGGUAAUACCCAAAGAAUUGGCAUCCAAAUCAUCCAAAUUCAGCAAUUCUCUCUUAGACUAUUUCCCUGUUUCUCUUCUUUGCAUGCUUGCCGCCUGACCCGCCUGUGAGACUUGCAGAAUCCGGCCCUGGAGACUUGAGUCUUUAACUUUUGACUGAUUCUUCUGUAGUUCUGUUUUCAUCGAUCUCAUCCGGAUUCUUUGGAGUUUGGAGACCGAAGGGGGCUUUAACAAUAACAGAUCGGUUAUUGGGUAUUUGGGGAUUUCUGUAGGUUGUUAACUUGUUGUGUUGUGGAUUACAAAUAACAACGUCCUGGGUUGCUCGCUGCCUAGCUUCAAACUGAGGUCUAAGUUGAGGUUUUUUCUCCAGUUUCAUUAUUUUAGUAUCAGCAAGUUGUGUUUCAUUGAUUGUUUAUAGCUGAUAACUUUAAUCUUCAUCUAAAAUGUUUCCUAAAAAACAUUUAUCUGGAAGUGAAAAAAGGAAAAAAAGAAAACAAGUUGAUGAACUAAUAAAUUCUCAAAAAGGAGCUUUGGAUAGGUUUGUUAAAAUAGGACGUUCCUCUAAUGAGAGUACAGGUCAAUUGGCUGGGCAUAAUUUUGAAACGGUUAAUGAGCCUAAUGAAAGUGAUGAGGGAAAUAAGGGAAUUGAGAAUACACAAAACAUUUCAAACCAUAACCCAAAUGAGGAUAUUAGUGAUGUUCAAAACUCAAGUGACCAAAAUCAAAACAUUGGAAAUAUUAUAGAAGAUGAACAACCAAUUCCAUUUUUAGAUAUUUAUGAUCCAGCUAAUUGGGACAAUAUUGACAAUAAAGUAAGAGACCUUUUGGUUGAGAAAGGACCGAUUAGAGAAUUAAAUCUUGAGUUUCCUUGUGAUAAAACAUCUAGGCGCUUUGCAUAUAGUUACUACACUAGAAAGCUAAGUAACGGUGAGAAGAGUGAUAGGAAAUGGCUGAUUUAUUCGAAAAAAUUAGAUAAAGUAUAUUGUUUUUGUUUCAAGUUGUUUAGAGUUAAGUCUAAUCAAAGCAAAAAUGCGUUAGCUAUUGAUGGGUAUAAUGAUUGGAAGCAUCUAGGUGUGAGGCUAAAAGAUCAUGAAAACAGUCUUGAUCAUAUGACUAAUAUGAAAUCUUGGAGUGAAUUAAGGGUUAGAUUAAGUACAAAUCAAACCAUUGAUAAAGAUUUACAACAACAAAUUUUAAAAGAAAAAGAACGUUGGAGAAAUGUUUUAAUAAGAAUAAUUGCUGUUGUGAAAUGUCUUGCUAAAUAUUGUUUGCCUUUUCGUGGAUCUAAUGAGAAACUUUAUCAAGAUGGUAAUGGAAACUUUUUGGGAUUAAUUGAGAUGAUAGCUGAAUUUGAUGUUAUAAUGCAAGAUCAUAUUAGGCGCAUUCAAAGCCAUGAAAUUCACUACCACUAUCUUGGUAAAAAAAUUCAAAAUGAACUGAUUUCUCUCUUGGCUCACAGUGUUCAAAACUCCAUCAUAAAGAUUAUCAAAGAUGCUAAAUAUUUUUCAGUAAUUCUUGAUUGUACCCCUGAUAUAAGUCAUCAAGAGCAAAUGAGUUUAGUGAUACGAUGUGUGAAUAUUUCUGGUGUUAAAAUUAAAAUAGAAGAAUUUUUUUUAGAAUUUUUGAAAGUGGACGAUACAUCUGGUUUGGGGCUUUUCAAUGAGUUGCUAGAUGCACUUAAAUGUCUUGAUCUUAAUGUUGAUGAUGUGAGGGGUCAAGGUUAUGAUAAUGGUUCAAAUAUGAAAGGGAAGAAUCAAGGGGUUCAAAAUCGGUUACUUGAAAUAAAUCCUAGAGCUUUAUAUAUGCCUUGUGCUUGUCAUAGUCUAAAUCUUGCUCUUAGUGAUAUGGCUCAUUCUUGUGUUAAAGCUGUUUCAUUUUUUGGAAUUGUUCAACGCAUAUAUACUUUAUUUUCAAGUUCAACAAAAAGGUGGAAGGUUUUACUUGAUAAUGUCUCAAACCUAACUGUAAAAUCCUUGUGUAAUACUCGUUGGGAGAGUCGGAUAAAAAGUAUCAAAGCUAUUAGAUUUCAAGCUCCCCAAAUAACACAAGCAUUGUUUGAAUUAUCUGAAUCGUGUGAUGAUGCUAAGACCAAAAGUGAAGCAGAAAGUCUGGUAAGUGCAUUUGAAAGUUUUGAGUUUAUACUUGGUAUGGUGAUUUGGUAUGAUAUCCUGUUUGCUAUUAAUAUGGUGAGUAAAAAACUGCAAUCUAAGUCUUCUUGCCUUACUGCUACUAUGAAACAGAUUCAAGGUGUAAUGAUUUUUUUUGAAAAAUUUAGGAAUGAAGGAUUUCUUUCGAGUAUGAAUAUUGCCAAAGACAUUGCAUGUGAAAUGAAUGUGGAGCCCAUAUUUCCGAUUAGACGGCGAGUAACUAGGAAAAAACAAUUUGAUGAAAAUGAAAAUGAAAUUGAGCUACUAACGGCAGAAGAAUCUUUUAGAGUUAAUUAUUUGCUAAUGGUUGUGGAUAUGGAAAUAUCUUCAUUGAAUAAUAGAUUUGAGCAGUUAAAGAUAUUUGACGGUAUUUUUGGUUUUUUAUACAACUCUGAGAAGUUGAAGUCAUUGAAUGCUAAUGAGUUAAGAGAAUGUUGUAUGAAUUUUGCCAAGACUUUUUCUCAUGAUGAUUUGAAUGAUGUGGAUUUAGAUGAUUUUUUUUCUGAACUUAAAGUUUUGCAAAUGACUUUGCCUGAUGCUUCAAUGAGUGCAAUGGAAAUUCUUGAGUUUGUUAAAGCUGCAGAUUGUUAUCCAAAUGUCUCUAUUGCUUAUCGGAUUUUAUUGACGGCACCGGUGACUGUUGCAUCAGCGGAGAGGAGCUUUUCAAAGUUAAAAUUACUGAAGACAUAUUUGAGAUCUUCAAUGUCUCAAGAAAGAUUGAAUGGCUUGGCGAUUUUAUGUAUAGAGAAGGAGAUGUUGGAUGAUAUUGAUCUAGACUCCGUCAUAGAUGAUUUUGCAUCCAAGAACGC